AUGUAUGUUCUUGGAUGCAAAAACGAGAAUAAAUUGUCUGAGUUGAGAUUAUCGAUUCCAGAUCAAGGGGGGUGUCUUCUAUCUGAUAAAGGGCCAUGGAAGAAUCAUGAAAUCAUGAAGGUGGUUGAAGUUUUAAACAAUGAAGGAAAGUUUGUUGCUUAUGCUAAGCCUCAAUUACCCAUGCUAAGAAGAAGUGAUAGUCAGGAUUAG